UUUUAUAUUAGAUCUACCAAAAUCUACCAAAUUGUUUUGGAAUUCAAUUUUUUCUCCAAAGACCAUCAUAAAGCUGGAUUACAACUUUGGUGCCACAUCUAGACAGCUGUAUUUAAGUGAAACACGAGCAGAGCUGCUCAGUGCCAGGAGUUCACGUCCCACUUAACAGAAGUACAAUACAUCUGUCUGCUGGUUGCUUGCCGCUUUCUUAAAUUGCUCUUCAAACGCACAGAGCUGAUUAAAGGGCAAGAGCACAUCUUCUGGGCAGUGAUAUCAGAUGCACCCUGGAAGCGCUCGAGGCCAGGCCGGGUGGGGCUGUGAGCAACCUGGUCUGGAGGGAGGUGUCUCUGCCAAAGCAGGGGGGUUGGAACUAGGUGAUCUUAAAGGUCCCUUCCGACCCAAACCAUUCAGUGACUCUAUGUUAUGUAUUAUUUACUUGUUUCUUGUUAUUUUCAAGAUUGAGUUAACAAAACGAGCUAAGAGAUAGCGAUGAAAAGCAUUGGAAAGGCUACUUUUCGUCCUCAGAGCACUCUGUGGCGAGCAACUGUGUUCUAAAGCUAACUUGACAAUCCGGUGCAGCAGCUAAUUUACUUCUAAACCUGCAGCAUCACGUCGCAUGCUUUCCAUUUCUGUAUUAAACGCAGUGCUAGAUGGACCUCUGCUGGCGACGAAGGCAGCAGGACGCAAUCACCACAGCAAGAAGGUGUCACCCAUCUCAAACUGCAACUGCCGCUCGGCUCCGUUAGCUGCAGCUCGACAGGCGCAGGUGCAGCGGUGCCAGCGAACGAGUCCCUCACGGCCGGAGUCGCGCUCGGGACACGACGGCGGGAAAGGCGCCGGCGGUGCGACCUCACGCCGCCCCGGGCGGGCAAGCCCGGGCAGGCCCCGCGUCGCCGCUUUCCCGCCGCCGCCGCCGCCGCCGCACCUCCCCCCGCGGCCGUUAGCGGCCGUUGUAUGGCAGGCGGCGCGCGCGCGCAGAGCCUCGCCCCGCCGGCGCCAUAGCGGCGCCGCGGCUCCGCCGCUGACAGGAGCGGGCCGAGCCCGCCGCCGCGGCUCCGCCGCUGACAGGAGCGGGCCGAGCCCGCCGCCGCCUCGCGCCGCCGCGGCCCCGGGCGGAGGGGCCGCCAUGCAGGAGCCCGACCCGGAGCGCCCCGCCGAGGAGAGCCCGGGAGGAGUCGCGGCGGGGCCGCCCGGCGAGGAGGCCUCGUGGCUGCGGUGGCUGUCGGAGGAGGCGCGGAGCGGCUGGCAGCUGAGCGCGACCCCCGCCGAGCCGCCCGCUCUGACGGUGACGGCGGUGGAGCGAUACCUGGCCGAGGCGCCGCCCGCCGCCCCGCGCUAUUGGUACGACGUGACGCUGGCGGACGGCGCGGGGCAGGAGCGCUGCUACCUGGCGCCGCGCCUCAGCCGCCUGGUGCAGCGCGCGUACCUGCACGCCGGGGCGCGCGUGCGCCUGACACGCUGCUCCUACCUGUACGACGAGCGGCGUCUGCGGCGCGGCCUGCUCUGCAUCGAGGCGCUGCAGCCCGCCGCGCCCCCCGCCGCGCCCGCGCCCCCGCCCCCCGCCGCGCCCCGGGGCCACGGCCGCCCCCCGCCGCCCCUGCGCGGGGAGAGGAGGCACUACCUGCCGCUCUGGAACAACGAGGACCCCUACGGGGACAUCUGGGUGGCAGAGCAGCCCCCGGCGCGGGUGGACGUCGAUGUCUCUAAGCUGAUUUCCCUUGGUCAGCUGGAAACGACCUGGAGAAGCAGAAUUCAUUUCCGCCCACUGCUGGUGAGAGUCCUGCACAAGUCUAGGCUAAGGUACUACGGGAAACCAGAGAAGAAAAUGGAUAUGCCGUAUCAGGCUUACUUUGAAGUUGCUGAUGGUUCAGGCAUGAUGUCCAUGGUUCUGUGGAAUUCCUUAUGUCCUGAGUGGUAUAACAGUAUAAAUGUUGGCACCGUGCUCCUCCUUGAACAGUAUGCUGUCAAAGACAGUUAUCCAUUUAAAACACAGCCAACCCCAAGAGAUUCACAGAUGAAGAGAUUUGCUACAAUCGAAAUCAGCCUUAAUGUACGAAACCCACCUACCAAGAUAAGUAUAAUUUCUGAGGAAAUGGUUAAGCCAGAGUGGGGAUUGCCUGAAGUUAAAUACCAGUUUAUUACAAGGUCAGAGUUGGAUGGCUUAUCGAACAAUCAUUCCUGCGAUGUUAUUGGCCUUGUGACUUUUGUAGGAAGGGUGGAACGAACAAGAAAGAAAGAAGGUGGUGAAGACUUCUGGCUCUAUCGUUGGGCACAUGCCGUUGAUGGGACCUCAAAGCAACCAUUCAUACUGGAAAUAUUUGCAACUUCUCAGCCAGAUGUAUUUGAGCGUAUUCACCCAAUGACAUACCUGGUGUGUACGCAGAUGAGAGUGGUACGGGAUCUAUCUGAGAAUCCUUCCCACACAACUUACCUUACAACGUCAAACGAAAGUCAGAUAUUCAUUACAGGGUGGCACAAGGGCCAGCCAUACACCAAGGAUACUAAAGUGAAAAACUUCAUUCAGUGGACUAGAACACAGAGCGAAGCUAAUCAAAUGAGGAAAACUGUCAUUGGUGGAUAUUACCCUUUUCCACGGCCUCCAAAUAACUUCCUGAAGUACUGCAAAAAUAAUAAAGUUGAAUCAAUUUUGAAAGCCAUAGGCGAGUUGGGAGAAGAGAUUGAAGGUCUGCAUUACAGAGAACACAAGCGCAUUGCUAUUCAAGGAAUAAUCAGUGCCGUAAGAUACAUCAGCUGUAGCAGUGCAGCUGAAGAUGCCUCAGGAGUGGAACCUGUUCAGAAAGAUGCUCAGUCUCUUGAAAGUUCUCCUAUGUCAAAGCAAGAUAACGUUCACAAGGGAAAAACAAGAAACCUUCAAGCCAAAGAACUCAAGUCUUUUCUGGAGCCAAGUUGUACUCCUGGGGAACAGCAUCAGCAUCAAACUCUACUAUCAAAAAAGAGUACAGCCAAGAGAAGGACUCUGCUCAAAUCACAUGCAGACACAGAACAGGGAACCGCAUCUGUUACUUCUGUAUCCUCUUAUCCCUAUUACACACGCUCAGCAAGAAAGAAAUUAAGCUUGAAUGAAUUUCAACACGAAGAUUCUGUACAAGAACAGGCUCCAUCAGACAGUUCACAGUACUGCACAGACCAAGAAGAAAGAAAUGAUAUUCCUGAAACUGAAGAGAUGGCAAGAACUCGCAGUUCAUGGCAGAGUGACCUGUGGGCACAAGUGAAAGACAAGUUGAUGAAAUAUUUGCAUCACAGCACGAUUUUCCCAGAAAGCAUCCCAUGUAAAUUUGAUUACAUGUACAAAGACUUACUUAUGCAACAGUACAACCUUCAUGCAGCAGUGCACCAACCAAAAGAAACCAGAACAGAUAAAAAUAUCAGUGAAUUUAAAAGCACUGGUUGCCUUGGAUAUUAUGAAGUGACAGUUCUGGGUAUAAACCACGAUGUUGCAAUCGAUGUUGCCUUUCUUCCACUGUUUGGUCAUGAAGAUCCCCACUUAUUUCCAGUAGAGGAAGUUGAAAAUGGUACGUUGUUGUCUUGCAUGAGUAGCAACUCUUCUUGUCAGCAGAAAGCCACCAGCAGUGGAACAUUUUUUGACAUGUUUCCACUUUCAAAUGAAAUUGUGAAAGCAGCGAUGGACCUCGAUGGCAAGCAUGUUGUCUGUAUCUUGGACGUCUGUCACUUGGGUGAUGACAAGGUAGAAGUCUUUCUGAGCAAAAUCUACGAGACAGUGGAAGCCGAUGUGCCAGAUCCAGUAUAAUUUAAUAAUUUAUUUUUCAAAAUUAGAUACUGUUGAAAAGGAGGGGAAUAAAAUCGAUGUAGCUUAAAUACACCCUCUACACAUUGCACUUUUCUAGAAUUAGCAGACAAAAAAUAUCAUUCUUACAAUAGAACAGUUGCAAUGGUCAUCCACAUAAAUGAGAAGGACAGUUGUUGCCUUUAUUUGUGACAGUCAUGGAUCACAUUAUUGCACAAUGUCUUGGUCACUUAUGUUCAAGAAAGAUGAACUGGCAAUACAGUGAGCAUUUGAAAGGAGACUGAGAAGCAUGACUGUGAUUUCUCUUUCUCUGUCUACGUACACAGAUAUGUAGGAAAUGUAUGUAUUUAGGUGAGAACUGGGAAGAGAGGUAGGCUUUCCCGAUACUAAAGGCAGUGUUUGCAAAAGAACUGACUGGCCACAGUAAAAAUUGACUGGAAAUUUAAGUCAUCUUGAGGACAAGAACAGUUACGUCCUGAAGUGAUCUUUCAGUGGGAGGCAAUAGAGACAGCCUAACCACUUGAAUCUUACUGUUUGUGGAAGGGAUCACAGUGCCUUUAGUACUGGGGGCUGAAUUCAGUGGUCCAAGAAGAUAUUUUCAGUUCUUUUUACUUGAGCAAAGUCAUCUAUAUUUCUGUAUGUCUGCUUUUGUAUGUACGAUACUGGGGAGUAAGUAUAGCACCCAAAGGAUUUUAAUGUAUUUUAUUUAUUAAUUUAAAAAAAUGAAAUAUUAAACUUUCUUAGUGAAGCUUGCUUUUGGCUUUGCAAAAGAAAAACUUUUUAAGAAUUAUGAAACAUGGCAGGAUACAGUUUGUCACAUCAUUACUUUUUUUCUUUUCCCUGUUCACCACUGGUACUGUCAUUUUUCUUUUUGAUAAUAGCUGAGUGAGAGAACUCAGCAGCUGCAAGAAGCCGCUGCUUCCAGAUGCCCGAGUGCUCUAAAAUCCUGUCAACUCUUUGACUCUGUCAAAGCUGAGCCGGCUCCUGCUCAGCUCAGAGCUAAGUCCCCCCUUCUUCAUAUUGGCCUCAAAUCACUUAUACAACUGGAUUUUUUUGAGAUUAUUGUGAAGUAGAAGCUAAGACAUGUUGGUAGCUGACAGCUUGUCCAUAUGAAAUGCUGGUCUCAGUUCAGUUGUUUGAGAAGAAAUGAUUUAUGGAAGCAGACUUGUUCUGUUGUGGAAAACUUUCCAGGUGUGUUUUAGCAGCCCAGAACUUGGUAACUGAGGGGCAUCUCUUUCCACUAUUAUGUAACUCAUUUUUUAUGAGGACAGUGGGUUUUGUCUUCAGGUCCUUCAGAUCUCUACCCUAGCUUCAGUUAAUGGUAAUUGAAGAAAAAACUUAACUGCUUUUUUACAGUAGAAUUUCAUAGGCAACUUGAUAAGUAAAUGCCUAUGAUAAGUAAAUGCCAUGAUAAGUAUUUGAUGAAGUAAAUGCCUUGAUAUUAAAAAAACAAACAAAAAAAAGUAUUCUGGUCUCUAUGAUGGUUUACAGUUUAAAAAUGUAUUAAUGAGAAAAGUUUAACUUAAAUUGCACAGAAGCUGAAGGUUUAUUAAAUGUGAUUAUGUAUUGUAUGUUUAUAUUUUAUAUAUAUCCUAUAGUAUUAGUUCUGGAGUAAUGCUUGCCAGAUCAAGUCUUUGUAACUGUACCACAGAAGGCAAAAUGAACACCUAACCAUCCCAGAAGAGCUGGGUGUUGCUUGCAUGUGUAAUUUUGAUGUUCAUGACUAUGUGAAAAUAAGGGACCAUUGCUCCAGAAUGAGGAAAAUAAGCACCAGCACUUGUAUACAAAACUGAGCCCUGCUGACUGUGUCAGUAUUUUUUUAUUGAGAUGUACUUCAGGUGGAAGUCUAAUUUUAAUAAAACCAUUAUUUCUAGGAGCAAUUUUUGAAAAUGAUUAUCUUUGCGUAAAAGGAUUGAUGUGGCAAACAGUGUCACAGUCACUUUAUUCAGUCGCUCAAGGCACUUAGACAUGCAAUAGACAUCAGCGAAUACUGUUUGCUGCAUUGCACUGCUUUUACUACACUUUAAACAGAUAGCAUUAAUCAUCUGAUCCUCCAUGUUAGGAGGUUUCCUAACUCUAAAAGAAAUAUCAUAAUAGUGUUGAAUAUUUGUAACUUGCACUUGAGAUUUUUUAAGUGUAUAACUUUAUUUUACCGAAAUCACAGUUGACAUUUUUCAUGGCAAAAAUGGAGGAGAUACAUGAACUCCUUCCUGUAGAAUGAAGUGCCAACAUUAGAAGCAUACACUUUCUUUGUAUAGGCAGAGAAUAUUCAAUGCCUAUCAUAGUCUUUGAAUGUGGAUACUCUGGGUAAUUCUUUAGAGGAACCAACACCAUGCCCAGAAAUUAGACUGAUUCUGAAGUGCUGUGGUGUCAAUAUAUGGCUCCACCAGUCUGUCUGUCUGCUUUCUCCCUGUCAGAACAGCACUGUAGUACUGGAGGUGGGGGAGGAGGAAGGUCCACUCUGCAAAGAAACUACUCACUGCUUUAUUUCACUGGAGUUUAUUGGCUGAAUUAUAAAACCAAAGUGUUUUUCAUCCUGAGUCUAUCAAAACACAUUAAUUUUGCCAUGUGAAUCCACAUACAGUGUCUUUACUCCUGCAAAAUAUGUCAUAGGAAUCCUCUUUCUUGCUGCUGUAUAUUGCCACUGCUGAGCAGAGUAUAUUACCAGGUUACAUUCUGUAACUGUGUAAUUCAUAUCCAGCCAAAGAACUGUACUCUAAAACCUUACAUUUCCAUGUUUCUUGUGUUUCCAGCAUUAAUAUCAAAAAAUAAACCAGAUGAAGGUAAACUGAUUGUAUAGCUAAUGGUACUUUUGAGUGUGUAAACCUACAUCAUAAUAUCUUAGAGGUCGAUUUUAUGUGUUGUAGCAAUAGUAUAACACUGAAAAGUGGAGAAUAUAAAUAAAAUAAUAUCAAUAAA